CAAGUCGACAUAAUGAUAAUAAAGACGAUACGACUCACGAUUGCUUGACUGAUCAUAAGUGUCAUUCAGUUUGCCAAUUUAAUGACAUUCAUCCUGGCGACGACGAAACUGUGCCAAAAUGUAUAAAAUUUGCUGGACAUGAAGGAUAUCACUCUUGUUCAGCGAAUCAUUCAUGCGGAGCACUUUGUAUAUAUAGUGGAAAGAGGAAUUGUCAGUUAAAGUGUACAAAAGAUAUUGACCAUGAAAAUAUGUCAGGAAAUGAAUUACAUUUGUGUGAAUCAACCCGUCAUUAUUGCGGUGCUCCUUGUUCAUUAAAGGCUCAUACUCAAAAAGGAAAUUAUAAAUGUCAUAAUACUUGCAUAAUUCCUUGUGAAGAGCCUCAUGAAACGCACAAAUGUGAGAAUGAA